GUACAGCGGUGAAUGUGUCAAAUCGCAAAAUCCACGACGAUAUCUGAACGAUCAUGGUGUUUAUACAGGAAAGGUGAUUGUUCGCGUCUAAUCUCAACGUACAGAAAUUAAAUAAAAAUGGUUAGCAACAUUUCGCGGGGUACACCCCGUAUACAGGUCUUCAGACCUACGUAUGAGGAAUUCAAGGAUUUCACCAAGUAUGUGGAAUAUAUGGAAAGCAAAGGAGCCCAUAAAGCAGGCUUCACUGGUAAACAGGGACUUUAUCAGCAAAUUAAUAUACAAAAGAAGUCUAUGACUGUGAAAGAGUAUAGUAAGUUAGCAAACUCAGAACGCUACAGUACUCCACGCCACUUUGAUUAUGAAGAUUUGGAGAGGAAAUAUUGGAAGAAUAUAACUUAUGUGGCGCCCAUAUACGGGGCAGAUGUUUCUGGUUCCUUGACAGAUCCGGAUGUGAAAGAAUGGAACAUUAAUCAUUUAGGAACAAUUCUUGAUUAUGUGAACAAAGAUUAUGGUAUAUCUAUCGAUGGUGUGAACACAGCGUACUUGUACUUUGGAAUGUGGAAAACGACAUUUGCAUGGCAUACAGAGGACAUGGAUCUGUAUUCGAUAAAUUAUUUGCAUUUCGGAGCUCCAAAGACAUGGUAUGCGAUACCUCCGGAACAUGGACGAAGACUGGAAAGACUCGCCAGUGGUUUCUUCCCCUCGAGUUAUCAAAGCUGUCAGGCAUUUUUGCGUCACAAGAUGUCUCUCAUUUCCCCUCAAAUAUUAAGGCAGUAUUCGAUUCCGUGCAAUAAAAUAACACAAGAGGCUGGAGAAAUAAUGAUUACUUUCCCGUACGGUUAUCAUGCCGGUUUCAAUCAUGGAUUCAAUUGCGCCGAGUCAACUAAUUUCGCUGCACCUCGAUGGGUGGAGUAUGGUAAAAGGGCUACACAAUGUACCUGCAGUAAGGAUAUGGUUAAAAUAUCCAUGGAUACCUUUGUGAAACGCUUUCAACCGGAAAGAUACGAAUUGUGGUUACGCGGAGAAGAUAUUGGUCCACAUCCCGAAGAUCCUAGGCAAACCGCUGCGCCUAUGCCCUCUCAGAUGGACCUUUUAUGCAGUAACAGCAGUAACGGGCAAUUGCCACAGAGUUUCUUAAGUGCUGCGCCGAAAAAUAAACGCCACACAAUACACAAAAAGAAAAAUAUCAUGGCAACGAAUCCGGAUGUCGACAUGGAAGAAUUGGUGAAUCGUCCGGACAUUCCACCAGACGUGAAGAAAGUUUUACAAGAUCUAGAACUAGAAGAAGUGGACGAUCAACCAGACGAGCAACAGUUAGAAGUUUUGGAAGAUAUAUGGCUGAAGGCAGGAGAAAUGGACGUGAACGAAGCGACUGUGUACGACGACGGUUACAAUCGGAAAAAAAGCCGCAAACGGAAGAAAAAGAAUCCCGAUAAAGAGAAGAAAACGAAGAAGGAUUCCAAUAAAAGUAUCGUUGGAAAUGUUACGAUAAAGACUGAAAUCAAAGAAGAGCCUGACGAUAGCUUAAACUUCUUAUCUCCAUCGUUCCCAGAGCAAAACAGUCGAUUAGAUGAACAAGGUUGUUCUAAUGCCAUUCUGCCCGUUAAUAACAUUAUCGAAAGUAUCAAACUUGAAGAAGGUUCCGAUUUCUCGGAAACCACUGACAAACCGGUCAAAAAGAAGAAGAAGCAUUCGAAGUCUGGGGAGCCAAAGAGGGGAAAAUCUAAGAACUCUGGCAGGAAGAAAAAUAAACAUAUAAAUCUAUCUAUCUUCGAUACUAAUGAGCCUUUGGACGUGUCAGAUGCUAACGUGCAACGGCAAUUGAUGGCUAUGCCAAGUCUAAAUCAACCGAAAUCGUUACUAAUAAAGGAUGUUUCUAAUAAUCAAGGUAUGGCAAGUCAAUUACCCGGGAGCAUAAUUUUCUCUGGUAACGAGCCUACUGUAAAUGUAAUGAACAAGUCGAUCGCCAACUCUGUAUACAAUGAUCCGAGUGUAAGUGAGAAACUUGCAGAGACUAUUGCGGACGAACGAAUGAGCUUGUACAUGAGGAACACUAGGAAAGUGAAUUUGGCCCUCAUGAAUCAAACAUUGUCGAAAUCAUUGAUGAAAAAUAUAUCUACCGCGGAUCAAAUGAAGCCUUUCAAAAUAGACAAAGCUGUGGAGUCCGAGUAUAUCGGCGACGGCGCUAUAACCAUACAAGAGGUAAAACCGUUGUUAAGCCAGACCAGUUGCAAGAGCGUAGGGACAAUGUUGACGGAAAGGUCUAUACCGAAUUACACGAAGAAAGACAUCAUAAAAGCUCCCCGUUUGUGUGUAUUGAAAUCCGCUUACAAUAUAACCGCUACCGAAGUGUCGACCAAGGUUGAUUCUGACAAGCAAACUGGGGACGAGAAAGAUACCCGUACACCGUCGAAUAGUAUAGUAGUUGUACCAAAGAGUUGGCCUAUCGCCAGCCUCGAGGAGCCUAAACUUCCAAAUCCUGGGAUUAUGUUUUUGAAUUCCAGUUUCUCCAGCCCGCCGAUUCUGCAAAAAGAAAUUCCUGUACAAGAGGCGGCGAUCGAUUCGAGAUCCCUAGAAGUUUCGAAGCCUAUCUCUCAUACAGCUACUCAGAUCCCACGACUGGAAGGAUUCUUCACAAAGAGUGGGAUAUUAGGUCAAUCGCUGGGACCGUCAGUCACUUGUCACAGCAUCAGCAGGCCAAGCACAGACGUCAAGACCCUUGGAAAGAGGUCCACGACCGACACGUCGAAAAUGUUGGCGACAAAGUUCUGGCAACUUCCAUCCGGUAGUGGCAGUUUCUUUUUCCCAAAAGAGGCCACCACGGACGAUCAGCAGACUCAGUCUUCCGUCGUGAACUUGGAUUCCCCUCAAAUGUCCGCCACUUCUGCGCCGAGUCUACCAAACAACACGUUCUUCUUGACGUCCGCGACAAAGUGUACAAAGGUGCCGAUGGGCCCUCAAUCUUCGAUGAUGACCGACUUCGGUAAGAAAUGUUUACAGAAAGCGAAUUCAGCUAGCGGCGAAGCAGCGAGUUCAUCGCUUCUGAAGAUUCUAACGAAACCGAAAGAGUCGUUGCUACCGAAGAGAACGUUGUCCCAGAAGGACACAUUCGGUAGGAAACCGUUCAAAAACACAAGCACCGUUGUCGGUAACGUGAAGACUGUGUCCACCCAAGUGGACAAUCCGUUAGAAGUGAAUCAAUCCGGGAAAAAUCUAAAUAUUAUGACCAUAAACGACGGCGCACAGUACCGUGUGAGUAAUUCGAGUUCAGAUUUACAAGCGUCGCACAACAUUAUCACAAUCACGCGUACCGAUCCGGUCCAACCGCAAAAUGACUACGAAACUGAUACUCCGUUGCAAUGUCAAACCAUGCGGAGGAGUACAGAAAAUAUAUACGCGAAAAUGCCAGCAUUGAAACCUAUAAAAUUGUCGACGACCAGGCGAAAGUCGAAAGAAAAAUUGAAGAAAGCGACGACCAGGAAAAAAGACAUACCGGAGAUGGUCGCGACACUAAUGAAUCAGGAGAAUUCGAGUAUAGUAACAAUUAGUCCUGUGGACAAAUCAUCUUGUAUUACUCACCGUGUAUCGUUGAUACCAGGACAUAUAUCCGAUAUGCUGUACCCCAGCGUCCCGAAUAACGAGCUACUGAAGGCGUUCAACGACUACUGGAGCGCCCAAAUCUCGCAUUGCGCGAUCUGUGCGCCAUUCACAUCGAGUUGCAACGGACACGGUAGACUGAUGCCUCCAGACUGGAAAUAUUGCAAACCAACCGUUUUACCGGAGAGUUCACCGAUAUGGGUAUCGGCAAAUAUAUUCGUCGCGAAUUCGAAGGAACAAGUGGUUGAGCCGGACAACGACAAGCUACUGCGUUGUAGAGAAUGUCACGUUACCGUGCACGCUUCGUGUUACGGUGUUACCGUAGUGCCCACGGACAUACGUAAUUGGGCGUGCGACAAAUGCAAAGCUGGUAAAACACAGGUGAUGUGUUGUCUAUGCCCCAUGCGUGGCGGUGCUGUGAAACGUACCAGCGACAGUAACUGGGCCCAUAUAUUAUGCGCCCUCUUAUUACCAGGUGUCACUUUUAAGGAUGCUGUCAAUAAAGAUCCUAUUAAUGUCUUGACCAUUAGACCUGACAUAGUCAAUCAAUUAUGUUGUUAUUGUGGCCAGAAAGAUGGAGCGUGUUUGAAUUGCAGUCAGUGUACUCACUUGUUUCACCCGUCUUGCGGUCUGAUUUCCGGCGCAACGUUCACGAUACCCGUGUACAAUUCACUGGAGAUUCAGGUAACAUGUGAUGGACACGACGAUGGAAAAGAAAAAAUUCCAACGAUCCGACAGGGAGAGAUCGUUUGGGCGAAACAUCGGAACUCGCGGUAUUACAAGGCCAAAGUAGAUUCCAUACACGAUACCCUGUUUUAUAUGGUCACGUUUAGUGACGAUAGUUUCAGUGAAGACCUGUAUCCAUCAGAUAUAACGAAUUACGAUCCUGGAAACCCACCGCAACAGGGGGCUGCUGUUGUCGUAAAGUGGACUGAUGAAAAUUUGUAUGACGGUAUCUUUGAGGGUACAAAUCACAGAAUUAUGUACACUGUAAUUUUCGAAGAUGGCUCGCAGCUAGUGCUGAAGCGGAACGAGAUUUACAGUUUACAAGAAGAUAUGCCAAAAAGAGUGCGUUCACGUCUGUCUGUUGCGACCGAAAUGAAGCACCGGUAUCAUCUGUACGGCACGGAGGAUGAGUCCGAGGCGCAAAGAAAGGUGAAACAGUCGAAAAUAUUGUGAUUAAAUGCAAAAUUCUAUAUGGAUCGAUGUAAAUAAUUAAUAGAGACAAUUAAUAAUUAUUCAAUCGCUGUAAAUAUCACAUUACGAAAUAACGUACCUACUGUUUUUCGGUCUUUUUCCUAAACGUUUUUCUGGAGUGGACCGAACGGACAAAUCAAUUGUUUCUCUUCGUUUUCUGAAUUUCUUUUAUCUUCUACUUUCUUUUCUCUUUUAUCAUUUCAACACCGAUAGUAUUUGUCAGCGUCACGACUUCUAUGUUCUUGAGUACGUCUUUUGUUGCUUGCACUCGCUCUGAAGAGUAUUAGAAAAAUAAAUUCCUGUUCGGUUACGAAUGUUAAACAUUAUUCAUACGGAAUAAGGAUGGAUCUGAUGUUAUCGAUAACGAGUGACCCGACACGGUCCCAUUGAAUACUUAGGAAUAUUCCUGUUGCAUUUAAAACGGAUGCUUAAAAAAAAAAUCAGAUUCUUAGAAAAACAGGCGUGUCCGUUGGAAAUUUUUUAUAAUACGUAUUAAAAAAAAAACUAUCGAACAGAUUAAGAUGGACA